AUGGUCCGUUCAGUCAUUGUCGGAACUCUGGGCCUCCUUCCUUUCGUUGUCGCCCAGCUGGGCAACUCCCAGUGGGAUGAUGCGUACACCAAAGCGCAAGCGGCCGUUGCGAAGCUCUCCCAGAGCGACAAGGUGUCGCUCGCGACAGGGACCGGCGAAUUCGGCGGCAAUUGCACUGGCAACAUUGGGCCGAUUUCAAGCAUUGGCUUUCCCGGGCUCUGUCUGGAAGAUAGUCCGCUGGGCGUUCGGGGCACGGAUCUCGUAUCCGCUUUUCCUGCUGGGAUCAAUGCGGCCGCCACAUUCAGCCGAGAUCUGAUCCAACAACGCGGCGCGGCCAUGGGCCAGGAGUUCCGCGGAAAGGGCGUGAACGUGCAGCUUGGACCCAUGAUGAAUCUCAUGCGCAAUCCCGAUGCGGGUAGAAAUUGGGAAGGUUUCGGUGGUGAUCCGUACCUUUCCGGCGAAGCAGCGUUCGAAACUAUCACCGGCAUUCAAGCUCAGGGUGUGCAAGCCUGCAUGAAGCAUAUCAUCGCUAACGAGCAAGAGCACUUCCGCACGUUGGAGACUUCUAACGUGGAUGACAGAACUAUACACGAGCUCUACCUCCAUCCGUUCCUCCGCAGCGUUCAAGCCAACGUCGCGGCCGCGAUGUGCAGCUAUAACAGGAUCAACGGCACCUACGCCUGCGAGAAUGAUCACAUCCUGAAUGACCUGAUCAAGACCGAGCUUGGAUUCCGGGGCUAUGUCAUGUCCGACUGGUUUGCAACGACUUCUACCUCUGGCGCCGUUAACGGAGGCUUGGACAUGGAGAUGCCGGGUGGUCUCUAUGAGGAUUUGUUGGGUUUCUUCGGCGAUCUGCUGAUCCUCGCGAACGAUAUCGGGACCGUGUCGGAUGCCAGAUUGGACGAGAUGGCUACGCGCAUCCUUGCGGGCUGGUAUCUCCUCGGCCAGGACCAGGGCUACCCAACGGUCAACUUCGAUGCGAACGACGCGAACAGCAAAGUGAAUCAGCACGUUAACGUCCAAGGAAACCAUAAGGAAAUAAUCAGGACAAUUGGUGCUGCGUCCACUGUGCUGCUGAAGAACACGGGAGGCGUCCUUCCCUUGCAUAAGCCCAGGACCAUCGGGAUCAUUGGCAGCGAUGCGGGCCCCAACCCGAACGGCCUUAACAGCUGUGGUGAUCUCAACGCAUGCGACUCCGGUAUUCUUGCGAUGGGCUGGGGCCGUAGCUCCGGCAGUUUCCCGUAUCUGAUCGCUCCUGUGGACGCGAUUACGAAUCGCUCCGCUCAAGAUGGGACUGUGGUCACCUCAAGCCUGUCUGAUACCGAUGUUAAGGCUGCCGCGAGCGUAGCAGCCGGCAAGGAUUACGCAUUCGUCUUCCUGAGUUCCGACUCCGGCGAGGAUGGCAGCCUGGUGGAGUUAAACACUGGCGACCGCAACGACCUGAACGCAUGGCACAGCGGAGAUGCUCUCGUUGAAGCUGUGGCCGCGGUGAACAAUAACACGGUGGUGAUAGUGAAUAGCGUCGGACCGAUGACCGUCGAGAAGUGGAUUGAUCAUCCCAAUGUGACCGCGUUGGUUUGGAGCGGACUGGCUGGGCAAGAAGCCGGUAAUUCGCUUGUAGAUGUGUUGUAUGGCGUAUACAACCCAAGCGGCCGGCUUCCGUACACCAUCGCAAAGGAUCCCGACGAUUACGCGUCCCACUGGCAAUUAGCCCUCGACAUCGACUACACAGAAGGGCUUUUCAUCGAUUACAGGCACUUUGAUCAGGCUGGUAUCACGCCUCGAUAUGAAUUUGGGUUUGGGUUGUCUUACACAACCUUCGCCUAUUCUGGCUUGAGCAUUUCCGGAUCUGUGGGCUCGUACACACCGCCCACGGGUGCGGGAUCGUCGCUUGAUUCAUCGUUGCACGAGAAGGUCUACACUGUGACGUUCACCGUGAGGAACAACGGAACGGUGAACGGACACGAGGUGCCCCAGCUGUAUAUUAGCAAACCCGCCUCGGCGAACUCUCCUCCCAAGGAAUUGAAAGGCUUUGACUACAUUGCCCUCGCCGCGGGAGCUUCGUCCGAGGUAACAAUGCAGCUUUCCCGCUACGACCUCUCAAUUUGGGACGUCGUGUCGCAACAGUGGAUCAUUCCUAGCGGCGCGUUCACUGUCUCUGUUGGCGCUAGCAGCCGCGACCUCCGAUUGACUGGUUCUUUCAACGUAUAACACACGAAACAUCGAGCUUCUUCUGUAAUGAUAUUUUCUCGUUGAUCAGGGACCCUCAUUCAAUAACCCCUCUCGUAAUACUGUCGGUCAUUCGUCACCUCAUCUAUAGUUGCAUAUCACAUGCAGGAGGGCUCUUC